AUGGAUCGUUACGUUUUACACUAUCCAAAAAAGUCGCCGCAUAUACUGCCCAUAUUCCACUGCGCGCAGCCUCGCAUCAAUGCUUUAAAGCAACGGCGACUGCUAUACCUUGCCUUGUUUUGCAUGAGUGUUUUGUUAUGGACUGCAUUGGUUCAUUCUAAACCAAGCUACACCAUCAAUUUAAAGUAUCAAGAGUCUUCAGAUACUCCUAGCCAUGUCCUCAGUAUAAAAGACCAUUUCAAACCACUUUAUAGUCGUCGCGAGCUACAUAGAAAAGCCGAGCCCAUCGUUUUAAAAAAAUAUGCAUACAAGGCAUUAUCAUGGGAGAGAGACUUGGAUAUCACCAAAGCCUAUGUAAAGCAAUUUCGAGUUGGUGCUCCUAGAGGUAAACUGCAUGACACUAUCUACAUACCUAAAGAUCAAGCCAAGAGACGAACACAAGGCCAAGAAACAAAGUUUAGUCAGUCAGAAUCUGAUGCAGCACUACAAGUACUCUUGGAAACCCCAUCACCUAAAGAACUUGAUGAUUCAUAA